CCAUCUCUGUGGCUGCCUAAUGAACUCUGUUCUUCUAGUCAUCUGCUGAUGUGAACGGUGUGAAAAAAACUGUCGCUGCCUCGCUCUCGCUGGUAAUAUUUGACAGUGGGUUAUCAAUACGCACUCGAAUAUUAGAUUCACUUAAUAAUUAUAUAAGUUAUACUUGGCGUGCGGACGUGCUGUUAGCGUGUAAUUGGCAACCCGGAGAAAAACACAGCUUACACCAAUAUGGACCGUUUAUAUUUUAAAGAUCAAAAAGAUUGUGUUAAUGAAAUUGCUUCUUCUACUGCUUGGAAAGGAAUUCGCCUCUUUAAUGGAGAUACUAAGACAGAGUAUGUAAACGAAACAGCAUAUCUUACUUCAUCUCAUGUGUACUUUGCAUCAGUCAAUCGACCCACAAUGAAUAUGAUACUAGAUUUGAAAUAUGUUGUUCUUGUUGAAGAAGACAUAGGGAAUUUACUACGGAGCAGUAAAAUUAUACUUCACCUUGCUCCUUGGAAUGAGGGGCAUUUUUCAAGACCACCUGUUAAAAAUUUAUCUUCCUUCAUAAAACUUGCAUUUUCUGAUGGAAAAUUGUCACAUUUUAAACAAUGUAUCCAAAAAAUGCUUCUGGAAAGAUCUUGGGAGACAGUAGCUGUGCAACCUUCCAUCCUUCACCAUGUUCCAACCACAUUUAGAUCUGGAAUUGUAGGAAUUGAGAGACGUUUGCAAGAAAAAGUGGAAAAUAAUUCUUCAAAUAUAAAUAUUGCAUUUCAAGACAUGCAAAAUCUAAUUGACAUGGCUAAAGAUAUGGUUCAACUAGCAAAUGUUAUGUCCAAUAAAAUUAAAGAUCGCCAAGGAGAUAUAAGCGAAGACGAAACCGUAAAAUUUAAAUCCUAUUUGUUGAGUCUUGGCAUUGACGAUCCAGUGACUAGAAAUUCUUGCUCUUCAAAUGAUGUCUUUUACCAUCAGCUAGCCAAAGAAAUUGCAUCCUUUUUGUUAAAAGCCAUUUCUGAUACUGGGGGGCUCAUGGCUAUGAGUGACGCUUAUUGCCGCGUAAAUCGAGCUCGUGGGUUAGAACUUCUCUCUCCCGAAGAUUUUUUUAAGGCGUGUAAUUAUAUGGAAAAACUUAAGUUGCCUAUAAUUUGCCGGAAGUUUGACAGUGGAGUGUUAGUUCUUCAACUUCAAUCCAAAACAGACUUCUUGCUUGAAAAAGAAGUGAGCAGGCUGUUACAGGCUAGGGAUAAACUCACAGCAUUGGAGGUUUCACAGGAAUUCCAAAUAUCUAUUGUGUUGGCCCAAGAACGUCUUUACUUCAUGGAAAGAAAUGGAUUGAUUUGUAGAGAUGAUACUGUUAGAGGCCUUGUCUUUUAUCCUAAUCUCUUCUCAAGUUCUUCUUAAUAAACAUUGAAAUAUGUGUAUAUA